AUGGUGUUUAAAUCAUUUGUUCAUCAAUACUGCUUUAUAUCCAAAAUCACACCUGACAAAGACGUUAUUGUCAUGGCUGAUGAAUUUUGGAGGCAAUUUUAUGGGAAAAAUUUCAAAGGUGGUCAAUCAACUCUUUAUUUAGGAGAUAGAUUUUGGAACGUUAAGAUGGACGGAUUAACUGACAGCUGUGUUUUUACUCAUGGAUGUUCUAAGAUGGUAAACAAUCUUGCCUUAGACAACCGAUCUAUCUUUGUCUUUUCAAUGGUUGGAAAUAAAAUUUUCGAGCUUUCAGUCUUUAAUCAUCAAACCAGUACUCAAAUUCAGAACAACAAGGUUGAGUUAGUUGUUUUGGAUGACUCCAUCUAUGGUGAUGAUGGUGAUGAUUUGGUUAUUGCGUCCGAACAUAAGGAGAAGUGUAGUACUGCCGAAACUGACUUUCAGGAAAGUGUUGUUGUGGAAUGUGAAGACGACAAAUUUCAGUUGGCAAGUUUUGAGUCUGUGUUCAAUGAUAUUGAUGAUUCGAAGUUUGAUAACUUUUUCUCAUCUCUACUUGAAAUGGAAGACCUUAAGAAGAAUUUCAAAGAUGAUUGA